AUGCCAUCUUUUGACGUAAGUUUAGACCCAGAUGAGCUGUCUAUUUCUACAGAUGUUCGUGAACGGGAUCGCAUCCGCCUUGAACGGGAACUUGAGAAGGAAUUGAAUGGGUUUUCUUUUAGUAAAACUAGUUCUCAUGAGCCAAGUUGUGAUACAGUGCGUCCUGGUCAAGUGGAUUUGAAUCAGACAUUUUUUGUAGAUUCUUUAGAUACAAAGAGCUUAAAUAAGCAUUUUCAGGACUUUAGUAUGGGAGUUAGUGGAUCACUGGAUGGUAGUAGUAUUGAAAGGGGAGUAGGGCUUCAAUUGGGGACGUCAAAUUUGAAAAAUGAGUUUUCGAAAAUAUAUACAGGGUCUACUAAGUCGUUUGAUCGUCCUAUUGUUUCGGAUAAUAAUUUUAUGGCAGCUAUUAAAAGUCCUCUUGAAUCGACAACCUCAGAUUAUGCAGAUGUUGCUGCUAAAAUAAAACAUAUGUAUUCUCCUUUUAAUAAAGUGACAGAAGAUGUAGAUUUUACGUUUUCAUAUGAUAAGAAUUAUUGUAAACAGGAUGAACAAUCUCCGGAAAUGAUGAACAAAAGCAAACUUACAUAUGCGUUAAAAAAAACAGAGGGGUUAUCAAAUAUACCAAUUGUUGAGAGAGAUAGGAAUAUAAUGGCACCGGCUUUUACGAAGACCAAGUCUCCUGUUUUCCAGCGUUUUCGUCGUCCAUCUAUUGUAAAUAAUGAAAAUAUUUAUUCGGAACCAAAAUCAAAUAAAUCUUUUCGAAAAGGAGGGAACAAUGGAGAAAAGAAGUUAUCUAAUUUUAAUCAUAAUAUGAAAGCAAUUCCUCGCUCAUUUAAAUCUGCGUCUGGUUUAAUGCAAGAACUUGGAUUAGAUGAUCGUCAAGGAAAUACAAGAACAAAUAUACCGUUAAGCACAGAAAUGACUCAGUCAUUUCAGCUUCCAGAUAUGACUGGAAUAUCUUCAUUAGUUUGUGAUGAUACGCAUCCUAUUGUAAACAAAAUUGAAGUUAUUACUAAAGAUAACUAUAAGGAUUUAGAAUCAAUACCUAUAUCAUCUAAUGAUAAGGCCAUUUUAUUAGCUAUAAGAGAAUUACAAAACAAUAUAAAUGAACUUGAAGCGAGAGAGUCUGCUUCAAAAAAACGUAUUCAAAAUCUGGAAAAAGAACUGGAGAAUGCUAAGCAAUUAUAUCAUGUUGAGCAAAAACGAACUGUAUCUAUUGAACAAAACCAAGAAGCUAAUAAUGAUAAGAAUGGGGUUUUGAAUCAAAAUUCUGAAACACAUAAUCGCGAGAAGCUUUCUUAUACAAUGGAACGCAUGAGGUUAAAAAAUGAUAUUUCUGCCUUGAAAUCUCAGGUUGAAAGUCUUGAACAUGAACUUAGUAUUAGCAAAUCUAGAAUAGACGAUAUUAAAGAAAAAAAGAAUGAAGUUUCGAAGAAGUUAACAGAAGCGUUAUCUAAAAUUGAUCAUUUAAAACUGGAAAAUAAGAAAUUGAUCGAAGAGAUUGAGGAUUUAAAAAAGAAAUAUAAGAUAAAAAUGGCUUCUGAAAAUAUUAAGAAAGCUUCUGAAUUUCGUUUAAAAUCACCAUUAAAAGAGAAGAACUGUUCAGCAAAAGUUUUAUUACAAUCAGAUAGUAACGAAACAGAUGACGAAAUAUCAAAAGAACGUGGAUCUUGUUCUACAGAGACCGAUGAGGAAGAAAUUGGCGAAUUAACUAAAUCCUUGCAUAAAACAAAAAAAAAUCAGUCUUUAAAAGCAUUUCGAACUAAUAAAAAUAAUCAUUCUGCUCCUAUUGUUUCUUCCAAGAGUUCUAAAAAAAAGAGUAAACAAGAAUCUAAGAAGUCUUCUAAGAAAUUAAAAUCAAAUUCUCAGAAUCCAUCAAAAAAACAUCAUAUUUAUUCUGAUGUAAUCGAAGAAACAGACAGCAGUGAUAAUACUUCUGAAUGUAAUUAUGGUAGAGAAUAUUCAUCUAAUGAUGAUGAUUUAUUAAACCAAGAACCUCCAUGGAUACAUGUUGAAAAUAAGUUGAAGACAAAAUUAAGUAAAUCAAGACAAAUAUAUGAAGACGAAUUUAAAGGAAAUGUUCGUUCAAAACCAUAUGUAGAUGUAAAUGCUCAAAAAAUUAUUGAGGAACUUGAUUGCCACAAUCCUGUAAGUUGUUCUGUUUGUACUCGCAGAAGACAGAAAGGAAUUCUAUCUGAGAAAAAUAAAGAUCGAUUAUCUUUUUCUGCAAAAACAAAACAGUUGGAUAAUAUAUUUGAGGAAGAAAAUACGAUUAGACCUUCAAUGUCCCCAAAAAGUGCUCUUUCAAUGGUUAUAACACAAUUAGAAGAUGAGUUUAAACAUUUGAAAUUAAGAUAUCAGGAAUUUAUUCAGUCUUACGAAAAGGUAGAUCCUUCUAUAGGAAAAAGGAAACGAAAAGCUCUUGCUGGUAAGCUUAAGAAUAUUAUCGAAGAAUUAGAAGCAAAAGCAGAUCAAAUUUAUGCACUGUACGAUGUAGUUGAAAUGGCUAAAGAAGGUGAUGAUAUUUUAAAGAAGGUAUUAAGAAACAGUAAAACGAAUGUUUAGUUUAUAUUACAUAUUUUUAUCUUAUUCUAUGUUUAUCUUUUUUAAAAACGGUAUCAAUAAUUUAACAUGAGUUUUGGUAUAUAUG